AUGACGCUCGUUUGUGUCGAAUGCGGUACACCAUGUGCUUCAUUAUACACGGAAUACAGUAAAGGAAACAUCAUCUUGACUCGCUGCGAUCGCUGCUCACACUUCACGGACAAGUACUUGGAAUAUGACGGCGUCAUCUUAUUCAUCGAUAUGGUGUUGCUCAAACCGCAAGUUUACCGACAUUUGAUCUACAAUGUCCUUGAAACCGGAGACCAAAAGCUCAAGUCAACAUUACCAAGGCUAGCUGUGUUGUUUGUCUUGUUUGAUGUUUAUCUGAAGUGGUUCAAGUUGGAACAAACCUAUGGACUUGGACAAUUCCCACAUCACGAUUGGCCAUUGCUGUCGCAAUACCUGUACAUUUUGAGUAUGAGUGCCCUAGGUGACAGCAUCCAAUUGCAGUAG